AUGGGGAGCGGGUGGUGCGGAGCGGCGGGGCAGGAGGCGCUGCUCUUCUUACCCCCUCUCCUCCUCUUCCUCCUCGUCCUACUGCUUUGGGGCUGCUGGCGGGGCCCCGGGCAGGUGGGCUACGUGUGUUCCCCCGGGCUGAGCCGCGGGGAGGCAGCUCGGCUCGCCCGCAGAUCCCGGCGCCCCGGAGCGCCCCCGCCGCCCUUCCCCAACGGCUGGUACCGCCUGCUCGACUCCGAGCUGCUGCCCCGCCGCGCUGUCCGCAGCCUCUCCCUGCUCGGAGAACAGCUCGCUGCCUUUCGCACUGAGGAUGGCCAAGCCUAUGUGGUCGACGCGUACUGCCCCCACCUCGGGGCCAACCUCGCCACCGGUGGGCGCGUCGUGGGCAACUGCAUCGAAUGCCCAUUUCAUGGCUGGCAAUUUCGAGGAGAAGAUGGGAAAUGCACCCGUAUCCCAUAUGCUGAAAAAGUGCCAGACUUUGCGAGGGUCCGGACCUGGCCGUCUUGCGAGGUGAACGGGAUGCUGCUCGUCUGGUACCACUGUGAAGGGGUUGCUCCAACAUGGGCAGUGCCUGAGCAGCGGGAGAUCACCACCAAAGAGUGGGUUUUUCAAGGGGAGACAGAGCACUUGGUCAAUGCGCACAUCCAGGAGAUCCCCGAGAACGCAGCUGAUACGGCUCACCUGGCUUUUCUCCAUGGGCCUGCUAUUCUAGGGGGAUCUGAUCUGAGAUACACAAGGUCCAGGCUGUGGGAUUUUAUGAAGCACAUCUGGAAGGCAGAGUGGCAGCCGGAGCCAGAGCCCAACGAGCAUUGCUCUCAUCUGCUGAUUCAACACAGUGCAACCAUCUUCGGGAAGCACUUCUCCUUGAUGGAUUUGACGGUUUCAGCCAGGCAGGUGGGGCCAGGGCUGGUUUUCCUCAUCUUUAAACAUGCUUUCCUGGGCCAAGGGAUCAUCCUGCAAACAGUGACUCCGCUGGAGCCUCUCCUGCAGAAAGUUGUUCACAAAAUCUACUACCAGAAAAACGUGCCAGCCGUAAUCCCCAAGUUCAUCCUGAGAGCAGAGUGCAUCCAGUUUGAGCGCGAUGUAACCAUCUGGAAUAACAAGCAGUACCUGUCCAAGCCACUGCUGGUCAAAGAGGAUUCUGGCAUCCUGAAGCACCGGCGCUGGUACUCCCAGUUCUACAGUGAUAAGAGCAGGAGGCUCCUGGUGCAGAAGGCCGGCCUGGACUGGUGAGGACCUCGCUUCCCUCUGGAGAAGGUGGCUGGAGACUCUCUGGUGGCUCCUGCUGGGCAGGCAUGAUCGAUACACCAAAUCUUGUCACAGGGAGCAGAGCCUGAGCCCUGGAGAUCCUCUUUCACCUUCUGUGUUCCAGGCAACAAAGCCCAAAGGGUGGAACUUGCUUGCUCUUUUACCUGUGCUGCAAUAUGUGAGCUAAGCAUGGACUUACGAUUGCCAGAACUCCCUUUAAAGUGCCUUUCUCUCUCGCUGCUGCUGCUAUCGUUCUGAGUAGUUAUAUGGAAAGCUUUUCAUGUGGCCUUCUAUCACCCAAAGUGUCCUUUCCCAGCCAGUCCUGCUGUUGCUUCUGCACCUUCAACUUGGCUAGGGGAAGCUUCAGGUCUCCAGGGAGCCUUGCCAGUGCCUGCACGGCAUCAGAAGCACAAUUGCAAAGCCCACAGACGUAGUUGUCUUCCUUCUCUCCAGCAGCAUGCAGGCAGCAUGAUUUUUAGCUGCCCACCUUGCCCUUACCGUCCCCGUGGGCUUCCUCAACCUACUGGGUUCUUGGAUGACUCAAUUCGUCAUGGAGCACCUGGUUGGGAAGCGAAGGGACUAUCCUGGUGAUUAAAUCACUUGGACUGACAACACUAGAGGUCAAAGAUGUGAAUAAGAUGCUGUUCUGGUAGCCCCCAGAUUUCAGUAAUACUUUCGGUAUGUGGUUGGCUGUAAAAAUUUGUUCCUCAUGGCAAGGCCACCGGUAUCCCAUACUGUCACUGUGAUCACAAAUGAAGGUAACUCAUUGAGAUUAUUGUGCAAAUCCAACGAAAACUGGUCUAAAUUCUCCUGUGUUUUGUGCCCAGAUGCUCUGCCCUCUGGAGGGCUAAAUUCUGCCUUAAUGCAGAACGAGAGAAACCUGCCAUCUCCACAGGCAGAGCCUGCCCUGUGCCAUUAGCGGCACUCUGGUGGUUACACCAUGCCAAGAGCCAGCAAGAACAAAAUGCUCAAAUCCAGGAGCUUUCCAGGAGGCGGGUGGCUGCCACUCUCACACACGUUGUGCAUUUGCCUGUGCCUUGUGAACUGUGCACUUUGCUGAGGCUUUUGGUUCCUAUUCACUGUUAACUCCUGGAGAAGGAACGUGCCAUCGCAGCCCCCUGCCAGCACACAGCUCGUUGCCCACCCCAGCUGCAUCGUAGGUA